UGACGCUGUCUGGUCUCCUCCGCUCAGCCUCAGCCAGCUGCCUGCGCUCGGUGGAAUAAAUAAGGCGAUGUUGUUCACUGCUGUGUUCUUUGUGAACUGAAAGCACAGCUCAGCUGGGAGUAAAUUACCCUGGGUUUGGCUUUUAUUUUAACUGGAGAGAAACUACUGGUGGUUUUUACAGCUUAACAAGUGGACCGUAACCCCCGCGAUGCCUCUGUUGUUUCUGGAGAGGUUUCCUUGGCCCAGCCUGCAGACCUACACUGCACUAAGCGUGGCUUUGCUGGCUGGCAGCAUCUUCAGUGCUUACACUACUGUCACUGACCCCGCGUUUGGGGCCUUGGAAACUGAUGAUACGCCAGCUCCCUCUGAUGUUGAUCUUGAACAUCUGAGCAAUGCAGUUGGUAACACAGAACUGGCCAGAACAGUCCUGGGGUAUUUAAUUACCGACAGUCUGUUUGUAUGGGUGUUAGUGAACACAUUCUGCUGCUCUUUGAUGCUAAUUGCAAAAAUGAUUCAGUAUGCGGUUUUCGGCCCCCUCAGAGUCAGUGAGAAACAGCAUCUCAAGGAUAAAUUCUGGAACUUCAUCUUUUACAAGUUCAUUUUCAUAUUUGGAGUGUUAAACGUUCAGACGGUGGAAGAAGUGGUCAUGUGGUGUUUGUGGUUCUCAGCCUUGGUCUUUCUCCAUCUCAUGGUUCAGCUCAGCAAAGAUCGUUUUGAAUAUCUGUCUUUCUCCCCAUCAACCCCAAUGAACAGCCAUGUGAGAGUGCUCUGUCUACUGUUCUCCCUGCUCCUGGACUGCUGUGGACUGGCUGUGGUCUGUGGCCUGCUAGGAGCCUCCCAUGGCAUGCAUACUCUCUCCUUUAUGGGUGCAGAGUGUCUGUUGGUGACAGUUCGCACUGGGCAUGUUAUUAUGAGGUACUCCAUCCAUCUGUGGGAUCUGAACCAUCCAGGAACUUGGGAGAGCAAAGGCACAUAUGUCUACUACACAGACUUCAUAAUGGAGCUGGCCAUGCUCUUUCUGGAUCUUAUGCACCAUAUCCAUAUGCUGCUUUUUGGUAACAUCUGGCUGUCCAUGGCGAGCUUGGUCAUCUUUAUGCAGUUACGAUAUCUUUUCCAUGAGGUUCAGCGCCGCAUUCGCAGACACAAGAACUACCUUCGAGUCAUCAGCAACAUGGAGGCCAGGUUUGCAGUUGCAACUGCAGAGGAGCUGGCUGCAAAUGAUGACGAUUGUGCCAUCUGCUGGGAUGCCAUGCUGACGGCACGUAAACUGCCCUGUGGUCAUCUUUUCCAUAACUCCUGUUUGCGAUCGUGGCUCGAGCAAGACACAUCAUGUCCCACAUGUCGAACAUCGCUGAACAUUAAUGGCGACGGGGUUCCGGGGAGAAACCAGCAGCAGGGCGCCGGUUUGGAAGACAACGCUGGCCCGGUAGGACCCGCUCCAGAAGCUCGGCCGCACAUCAACCAACACAAUCACUUCUUCCACUUUGACGGUUCUCGUAUUGCCAGCUGGCUGCCCAGUUUUUCAGUGGAAGUUAUGCAUACUACUAAUAUUUUGGGCAUGGCUCAGGCCAACAACUCCCAGCUUAUGGGCAUGGCCCAUCAGAUUCAGGAGAUGUUCCCUCAGGUGCCCUCCUAUCUUGUUAUUCAGGACCUGCAGCUGACUCGCUCUGUUGAAGUCACCACAGACAACAUUUUAGAAGGACGAAUCCAGGUGCCCUUCCCUGCACAGGCCAUAGAUCGUGCCCCCAUACAGGGAAACCCAGCAGCAGAUGAGCAGCCAGGUCCCAGUGGUGGAGCAGAGCACAACCCCAGUGAGUCGGAUAACAUGGAGGCCAGAGGCGGUCGCUUCUCCAAGUCUGCUGAGGAGAGGCAGAAGAUGCUGAAGCUGAGAAAAGAAGAAAUGCUUCAGCAAGCACGCAGGAGAUAUCUGCACAAGGGUCAAGAAAAUCACGAGGAGGACUUGCCCAGACUGGGGGAGGACUCUCUCGCAGAGCUGGACUUGACUGUGCUGAGACGGAGAACCAUGGCAGCAGCUGCGGAAAGACGUAUGCAACACCAAGAAGAACUUGCACCCUGAAACACAUUAUGGACUUGAGCGAGAAAGUAUGCUACUUCAUCAUUCUAAGAGGCAUUGAGCUAUUUCAGCCUUUCCCCAUUUGGUAUAGUCAAUAGUUAUCAUCUAUGUAAAAGUGUUAUUAAAAAGCAUUGCAAAUAUGGCCUGUUGACUGUUCUGGGCAGCCUGAAGAAGGUGAGAUUGUUGAAAGUGACCUCUGCUGUACCAUCCUGAGUAUUUGGAGCAUUCUAUAUAUUGAUGGCUUGUAGCAAGUGAGGACUUGUGAGGUUGCAUUGCCCUCUGUUCACAUGCCACGCAUUGCAACCACCAGCUUAGACAGUAUCUGUCAACAUUCGGAGUCGGUGUCAAUAAUGAGCACGCUUUGCAAUUACAGAACAUAUUUUUGAAAGUAUUACUUUUGGUCACUUGCUUUGCUUAUGACAGAAACACCAUCUUCUCGAUGAAGAAAUGUAUCUGAUCUCUCUGUUAUUUCAAUAGUUUCAACUAUGAAGAUAAGUAGCAAAGUUUUUAUUUCUUAUCUUGGGUUAAGAGAAUGUCAUUUUAAUAUUGGUCAGCCAUUCAGUCAACUACGAAUGUUUCUAUCAAAACAAAUGCUGCAAAGUGUAUUUGACCCUUAAGAGUUGUACUGUGUCAAGUUUUACAUCACAUUGUGAAAACUUUUUGUGAACAAUUUUUUUUAUUUUUAACAAGAUGGGGGCGGUUUGGCAUGUAAACUUUGUUUUCUAAUACUAAUGCCCUCAGAUGUGUGAGCAAUGAAUAAGAAAGGAUUACCUUUUUUGUGCAAGUACACUGGGUGUUUUUCUCAGUCUUUUUAAAGUUACCCUUGACUGUUGAGCAGGUAAAUAUUGUUUUCAGCUCAAAAUGGGGUUCUAUGUUAUAUUUCUAGGGAAUAUAGUUGAGAUUAGUCUGAAGCAGCUUCACUUGCUGCAUUUUCUUUGGGGAUGUUAUACCACGCAUGUAAGAGUAUUUAAUACCUUGAAGAAACCUGUUGCAUACCUAUCAAAACUAUUUUAGUACCCCACAGCAAAUCACCUAACCUAAAGCUUUGUGCUUGUUUAACUCUUAUAAAUAGAUCCAAUUAGGAUCUACAAAGAAAUGGGUGACUCCUUUGUGCUGCCUUUAUCUAAUCUGCAAACUAAAAAGGAAAACCAUAAAAGUAGCUAAUCAACGUCUACUUCAAUACCUUAUUUUGGUGAGAGUACACCUAUGGAUAGCACCGCAGUCUACAAAAGAUAGUUUCAAAAUGCAUGAAGAGUUGACAAGCCAUUUUGUGUCCAUACACCAAAGAUCAGCCCUAAAAUUUCCACUAAAAGCUGAUGUGCUGUGAACUUUUAUUUUGUGUUCAGUUUAUUGCUCUUGUCUGGGGAUGCUAUAUAAAGAUUUAAAUAAGGUUUUAAAAUUAGAUUUUCAUUUUCUGCAGCAACUUUAAAAAUUGAUCACUUUUACCUGCUCAUGGUUUAUCUUUCAGCAAUGUUACUUAUUUAAUCAAAACUUGAUUUCCUUUUUUAGGCUGAGCUUUCCCAUAUUUUGUGCCUAAAUUAAGGAUGCUUUGGUUAAUUUAUGUAAAUCUAGUUUUUGUAAAAUAUGUUGAUAUGAAAGACUUAAUAAAAAGCUUCUACAGUU